AAGUAACCCUCCCGCAUCCCACCUCGUGCCUAGCAACAAGAACCACCACAACGCUUUACAACGAACCACUGUGACGCAGCACAUCAAAUCGACAUUCUAUACGAGCACGCCGCCGUCAUGUGGAUUGUCAACUGGUUCUACGAUGUUCUCUCCUCGCUUGGCCUGCUGAACAAGCAUGCUAAGCUCCUCUUCCUCGGUCUCGACAACGCUGGCAAGACGACGCUACUACACAUGCUCAAGAACGACCGUGUCGCCAUUCUCCAGCCUACUCUCCACCCGACAUCCGAGGAGCUCGCCAUCGGCAAUGUCCGCUUCACCACCUUUGACCUGGGAGGUCACCAGCAGGCCCGUCGUAUCUGGCGUGAUUACUUUCCCGAAGUCAACGGUGUCGUCUUCUUGAUCGACGCCAAGGACCACGAGCGCUUCGCGGAAGCAAAGGCAGAACUCGACGCGCUCCUUUCGAUGGAAGAGCUGGCAAAGGUCCCCUUUGUCAUCCUGGGCAACAAGAUUGACCACCCUGAUGCGGUGUCCGAAGAUAUCCUCAGGCACGAGCUGGGGCUGUAUCAAACAACAGGCAAAGGCAAGGUGCCUCUGGAGGGGAUCAGGCCCUUGGAGGUCUUCAUGUGCUCCGUAGUCAUGAGGCAGGGCUACGGCGAGGCCAUUAGAUGGCUGUCACAAUACGUUUAAUCUGAGUUGUAGACGGAAUCAGAACGAUGGAGCGCCGUAGGCGGUUGGUAGGCGAACGGACGACAUGAUACUCAGGCAACGUUUAGGUGCAAUUCAUUACUCUACAUUCUUGCUAA